ACCAUGGUGAUCAGUUCGGCUCAGCUGUUUAACAUUAUGGAGGAUCUGGACUCAGACGGGUUGAAGAGAUUUCAGUGGUUCCUGACUCAGGGUGUGUUGAAUGACUAUCCUCCCAUCCCAAAGAGCUGGCUGGAGAAUGGAGACAGGAUGGACACAGUGGAUAAGAUGGUGCAGAGCUACAGACUGGACGGUGCUGUGACAAUCACUCUGAAGAUCCUGGAGAAGAUGAACCAGAAUAGUCUCGCUGAGAAGUUAAAUAAAUACAUAUAGGUAUGUAACACAGUCUUAUCUUUUGACUAAUAUGGGGAUAUGGGGAGUAAUCACUGUGCAGUAAUUCUC